AGAAGAAAGAAUGACUUAAUCGCUUCCGCAACAACUGUCAGUGUAACAACAUGGAUGCUGCAGCAGAGGUGCGUCAGGAGAAUGGGUUUGCCGGUGAAAGCGGUGCCACCAAGAUGCAAGAGCGACUUCAGAAGCGGCACCAGGCGAGAACAGAAGACGCCGAGCGGAGGAAGGAAGCGAAGGAGAGCCAGUCUGUCGCCGAGGAAAAGGGCGAGUACUUCUCCAGCACUUUCAACCGGGAGCGACUGUGUAUCGAAGAGCUGCUGUCCGGCUGCUCCGGAGCUGACCGGGCCACGGUGACUCAGAGGCUGGAGGAGGCGACGGCCAAAACCGUGCGGCUCCAAAAGUUUCUGAAUGACAGCGUGUUGUUUCUGACGCAGUACGAGCUGAGACAAGCCCAGGCUGCGCUCCAGAAACUCCAGACCUCCCUUGCUGAGACCAGAGAGGAGGCUCUGCCCAAGAAGAAGUUUGCCUUCCGAGCUCGCACCAAAGCAGCAGAUAAGGCCUCUGCACCUGUAUCAGACCCAGCUCCACCUGAUGUUGCCAGUGCCACACCUACAGGUGCUGCUGAGGUGGAUGGAGCUGCAGCCUCUGAGCAGUGCGGCUUCUCCAACAUGGACAAUGAGUUUCUGACCAAAACAUCAGAGGAGAUUCAGAAACGGGACGUGCUGCUGACCCACCUGUCCAACUGCAAGGUGCGUCUGCUGGGUUCCCCAAGCACGUUGCACCUGAAGCACAUCGACAGCUGUGAGAUCCUGUGUGGACCUGUGUCCAGCUCAGUAUUCGUCGAUCACUGCAGAAACAGUACACUGAGUUUCCCCUGUCAGCAGCUGCGGACCCACAACACCACGGACACUCAGGUGUAUCUGCAUGUCACCAGCCGAGCCAUCAUAGAGGACUGUCAUGGAGUGAGUUUUGCCCCAUUGUCCUGGUCUUACCCCACUUUGGAGGAGGACUUUAGUGUGUCUGGUCUGGACCGGGACCGGAACAACUGGAGCCAGGUGGAUGACUUCAACUGGCUUGCUGCAGGAACACCUUCCCCCAACUGGACCAUCAUCCCAGAAAGUGAAAGGAAAACCAACUGGGACCCCUAGAGUUGAACUUUUAAAGCCCUGAUUUGCCAAAUUAGCUUGUCUUUCCAACCAGUAAAUAACUCACAUAGCCCACACACCCAACAAAAAUCAACAUGCACUAAUUAUAAUAGAAAAAGGUAAAUAAUGAUAAUAAAAUACAAAACACAACCCUAUUUUACAGUAUUUUUUUCUAAUAAUCAUUUGGCUCCCCUUGCCUAUUUGCAGUUAUGCCCACCAGAAAAAAAGGUGCCUCACAAACAAAUAAAAAGUUGCAAACUUUUUUCAGCUUUUUAGCCAAUAUUACUACAGCAUUUAGGACAAGAUGGCUUCUUCUUACUGAAUCACCAAAUACUCAAGGCAGUAGAAUACAAAGCUAGCUAUGUCUUCAUUUCCACCUAAAUGGCACUAACACAACGGCAAAACUAAAAGCAAAUGCAUCUUAUUCUCUGUAAUAGUAAUACAAAAAUGACAUUUUGUUUAUUCUUCUAAAACCUGCUUGAAAAAUUUUUAUCUUAUAGGAAGGAAAAAACCAAGAUUGAUUGAAAAUACUCAUUCACUGAUUUUGUUGUACUGCCACUUACAAAAAAGGCAACCUAUAUGACAUGGUUAAAACUGCACUUAUAUAAUUAAAUUUAAAAAAUCCACCCAUUUAAAUCAGCCUUACUGGUAGACAUGUUUACAGUUUACCAGUGUGACAUUGCAGGAUUUCUGCCAGGUCCAAAGAGGAGAUAUUAGUUCAUUGCAGAGAUAUUUGCAUUGGUGUAUAUGUCAGCCAAUUAAGAAGAAAUUGCAGCAUGGAGAUGCCUAAGCUGUGUGUGAGACCAUUACAUAUUUUGUAUAUUGAUGAAUGAAUAGUGAAUCAUUGUAAGUGAAAGCAAAGCAACUUUUAAAUAUAGAUGUUUUUUUGACCAAGUGGGGUCCUGCUUCCUGACACCCAGACAUGUGUUAUUCAUGGAAAAAAGAACACAAAACCUAUUGUGUAAUAAAUCUACAGUAUCAAAAACAAAGUAAAAAGCCAUUCAAGCUAUUGUAACAUAACAGUUUUAAAGCAGUUUUAAAUAACGAGCCCCAUGCUUAAAUAGUGUGCCUUUAUACUAAUGCAACUAAAUCUAUUCUUCUCUUUGUAAAAAGGAAAAUUAAUAGUAACUGCCACUGAAACAAGGCGCAAAUAAAGAGUCUUCCUGCUCAACAACAUGA